UUUCCAAAAGCCAUUUAAGCUGGACUUGGGUAAGGUGAGAGAUAAGAGGACAUGAGAUGAAGAACUACCUGCCUCUGCAUGAGUGUAAGGUUCAGCAACCUCAUGCGACCAUCUACAAACUUCACAAUCUCUUCCAUGCCAUAUUCUUGCUUGCCUUGCUUUACUACAGGACUUCUUCAAUUUUCCUAUUUGGCGUCCAACCCACGUUGCCAUGGGCUCUCAUCUUCACUUCUGAGCUUCUACUCUGUUUCAUUUGGCUGCUCCGCCAACCUCUCCGGUGGCAUCCGGUGUAUCGAACCGUCUUUCCGGAGAGACUUCCGGGGGACGAUGAGCUUCCGGCGGUCGACGUGUUCAUCUGCACGGCUGACCCAAACAAGGAGCCCACAGUAGAUGUGAUGAACACGGUAGUGUCGGCCAUGUCCCUCGAUUAUCCGCCGGAGAAACUCUCUGUUUAUCUCUCCGAUGAUGCGGGUUCUCUCCUUACUCUCUAUGCUCUUCAUGAGGCGGCUUCCUUUGCAAGUUCUUGGGUGCCCUUUUGCAGGAAAUACAAGAUUGGUACUAUCUGCCCCGAUGCAUUCCUUUCUGGGUCUUCUUCUGCCUCUGCCUCUGAUACAUAUCUUGGUUCCAUGGAUUUCAAUUCAGAGCUCGAGAAGAUGAAGUCGAAGUACGAGUUGUUCAAAGAACGUGUUCAGAGAGCUAAAGAAAAAUGUGAAACUGGGCUACAACAGGAUCGUCCUCCUCUGAUCGAGGUGAUAGGUGACAAUCAAGUCAUUCCCCUCCUUGUUUAUGUUUCUCGUGAAAAAAGAUCAUCUCAUCCUCACCAUUUCAAGGCCGGAGCUCUCAAUGUCCUUCUUCGGGUCUCAGGAAUUAUAAGUAAUGCUCCCUACAUUUUGGUGUUGGACUGUGAUAUGAACUGCAACAAUCCAUCCUCAGUUCGACAAGCUAUGUGCUUUCAUCUUGAUCCCAAAUUGUCUCCCACCCUUGCCUUUGUUCAAUUUCCUCAGGCUUUCUACAAUGUAGGUAACAAUGAUAUCUACGAUGGACGAUUGCGGUCACCAUUCAAGACGCAGUGGCCAUGCUUGGAUGGGCUUCAAGGACCAUUCUUGUCUGGCUCAGGAUUCUACAUCAAAAGACAGGCCUUAUACAAGAAUCCCAUGCACGAAGGUGAUGAUCUCCUUCAACUUAGAUCUUAUUUCGGUAACUCCAAUAGGUUCAUUGCAUCAUUGCACCAAAAUUACCAGCAUAAUCCCAUCAAUGGAGGUACUACAUCAUCAUCAAAAGAAUUGUUACAAGAGGCUCAACUUUUGGCUUCAUGCAGCUAUGAGAAAGACACACAAUGGGGUGAACAGAGGGGUUUCCUGUACCACUCUAUAGUGGAGGAUUACUUUUCAGGGUUUAUUAUGCACAGUAGAGGAUGGAAGUCAGUCUAUUAUGAACCUUCAAGUCCAGCUUUCUUGGGUAGUGCUACCAUCACUUUCAAUGAAAGCAUGAUCCAGAACUUGAGAUGGAACUCAGGGUUGCUUGAAGUGGGUCUCUCAAGCUUUUGCCCAAUCAUUUAUGGAAUUUCUAGAAUGUCUAUUCCUCAAGCAAUGGGUUAUGGGUUUUGGGCAUUUCAACCCCUAUAUUCUUUCCCUCUAUUGUGUUAUGCUACCAUCCCUCAACUAUGCCUCUUGAAUGGCAUCUCCUUGUACCCUAAGGUUUCGAAUCCUUGGUUUAUUGUUUUCGCGAUUAUCUACAUAUCUUCCCUUUCACAGCAUCUAUUAGAGGUGCUCUUAUGUGGUGAUUCAUUAAGGACAUGGUGGAAUGAACAGAGAAAUUGGAUGAUAAAAUCAGUUGCUUCCUAUUCCUUCUCAUGUUGGGAUGUUUUUAUGAAGAAGAUUGGUAUAAGAGAAGCCAAUUUCAUGCUAACCAGUAAAGUCAUUGUUGAAGAACAAGUUGAACAAUAUAAGAAGGGGAUAUUCCAUUUCAAAGGGUCCAAGUGGUUCCUUGUCACAUUGGCCACAUUAGUCACUAUAAAUAUGGUGUCCCUUGGUGGUGGUUUGGCAAGAGUAAUGUCUGAAGCCAGUUAUGAUGAUAUGUUUGGGCAGGUCUUCCUCUCUUUUGCCAUCUUAACUUUUAAUUAUCCAAUAAUAGAGGGUAUGAUCUUCAGGAAGGACAAUGGACGAAUUUCAACUUCGAUCUCAAUUAUAUCUGUUACAGUCUCCAUAAUUUUCUUGUAUUUAGGAUCUUUCCUCUUCUUUUAGUAAGUAAAAGGAUAAGUAUAUAAUAUUUAUUGUAUCCUAAUAGUUCCUAAGUUUAUUUCCAACUUUUAACAAUGAUGCAUUGGUUACAUACAAAGUUUGCAAUUUUAGGUUAUAUUGCAUGUAUUUCUGUGGUAUACAACAUCCU